UUUUUUUUCUCUUUUUUUCUUUCUUUCUUCUUUUUCUUUUAUUUGUCACUUGUUUCUUCUUAUGGAUGAUGCCACCUUUUAGUCACGAUUCAUCAACUUCACCAUCUACACCAUUAUCACCUUCUAUAGACACAACCUUUCGUAGACAUCAUCUAUCAGCGUCAGACAUGAUCGCUGUGGACUUGGGUCAAAACAGUAAUAGCAAUAUCAAAUAUUAUAAGGACAAACCACCUUCUCGGUUCUUCUAUUUCCCUUCACGGACAGCAAGAAAAUAUAGACAACAACCUCGAUGGCUCAAGAUUUUAGUUUUGAUGGCUGGUAUUCUCUUUUUAUUUGGUUACGUGCCUUUCUUCAAAUUUGUUAAGGAAUUUCCACCUUUAGAUUCUUCAAGUCCUUUACCAAUACAAGAUAAGGUCAUCCAACAACAACAACAACCUAUAUACCCAGAAACAGUUCGUGAUCAGAUUAUACUUUAUCGUAUCAUUGGAAAUGACUUACCUCCACGACACAAGGAAGGUCAAACACUUUCUAACCUUCAGUUUAUUUUGGAACAUGAACCAGACUUCCCGAACACUCGAAAGAUCUUUUUACUUAAUCGUAUCUCAAAUACUGCUAAUGAAGCCACCAUCAUUCGCCUUUUGGAUCGUCACAACAAGGAAUAUAUUCGACUACCUUUUGAAGAAGACGUUUAUAGACAAUUAGAUUUUAGACUGGAAGAUUUCACAGAACCUGACUUUUUACAUUCGGAUGACUAUCGACGUUAUAGUAAAGUUGCCAAAUUACGGGCUUUGGAUUAUACUUAUCAUGAUAAGAAUCUAUAUGCUAUGAAUAAUAAUGGUGGACGAAAUACUGCUAUUGAACAUGCAAGAACAAUCAAAAAUGCAAAAUGGAUCAUGCCUUUUGAUGGUAAUUGUUAUCUUAGCAACAAUGGAUUUCAAGAAAUUAAGACUCAAUUGGAUAAUCACGGUGCGACCACCAAAUACUUUAUUGUACCAAUGACUAGACUUUUGAAUAACUCGGUACUUUUGAACAACUUGGAUGAACGACCCAAAGCUCCUGAAGAACCUCAAAUCAUAUUUCGUCAUGAUUCAACUGAAGAAUAUAAUCUGAAUAUGCGAUAUGGUCGACGAAGCAAGUUGGAACUUUUAUGGACAUUAGGUGCUUUGGAAAAUAGACGACUCAGUAGACCAACUGUACCAUGGGAACCAAGUGAACGACCUUAUAGUCAAGACAAAGGGAAUUUUCGAAGUAUUGGAUGGGUAUAUAGAUUAUUCAGCGGCAAUCCACAACAAGAAGAAAAUAAAAAGGAAGCAUCAUCUAUCCGGGCAUUCAAUCGACUAUUAGCUAUUCAAUCAUCAUUAGACAGUUUGGAUGAAGGGAUUGCUCGACGGUAUUAUCGACAGGACAAAAUGUUUUUAUACAAUGAAAAGGAAAUGGCGAAUAUUCGGUAUAGCUAUUGGAAUAAAGAUCAAGAUAUCACAGCAGUUGUUAAAUCCCUGAUGGCUCGUGCUGAUACUAUCAUCGGUGAUCUUUAUACAUACUAUCCAUCUGUAGUAGGCGAACACGAUAUGAUGACAACAAAUGAUAACAGUGACGAAGAAAGCGACGUGACAGAGAAAAACACAUCUCCACCUAUCUCGACACUUGGACCGGAACGCUUAGGCACUUUAUCUCAAAACGUGACAAUAUUGACUUUGGCGCAUUAUUUUGUUGGAAAUGAAAAUUAUGGGAAAAUGGCGGCAAACAUGAUUAGAGUUCAUCUUUUGGAAGAAAAAGCAAUGGCGGAUGAAGAUCAAUAUAGUUCAGCAAGAAGGAUUCCGGAUGAUAGUCAUUUAUUGGACUUUUUAUCAGAUCAAGGUUAUUCUUUCCCUAGUUUGGGUCGAUUGGCAACUGGUACUUCAACAAAACAUCAUCAUGCAGCAUUUUCUUCACCAUCUACCAUACUAGCUAACAACAACAAUAACAAUAAUAACAAUAAUAAUCGCCUUCUCAAUACUUCUGACCUCACCAAAACUGAUCUCUCUUCAUUAUUGGAUUGUGUUCGACUUUUACGACAUAUGCAACUUCUAACACAUAAGGAAUACAUAUAUAUGCAGGCUAUGACAGCAGACUUUUUGGAAUAUUUGGUAACUUCACCAGCAGGAAUCCAUUUGGCUCAAAUGACAGAUCAUCGUGGUGUUCUUUAUGAUCUUCAAGUGACAUCUCUGGCUGCUUUCACAAACGAUGUUCGAUUAUUACUACGUGUAGCUAAUCGGUGUCGAAUGCGGAUUGGGAAGCAAUUCGAUCAAGAUGGUGAACAACCUUACCAGCUCUUACGUCUUCAAUCGAUGAUGAUGAUGCCUCAAGGACAGACAGUACUUGGUGGUAAAGAUACUCCACAACCAUCAUGGCAAGCCUUGUUACACUAUCAAAGUCUCAAUUUGCAAUACUGGACAUCAUUGGCUCGAGGGAUUCAAAACACAAAUGUAGCAAAGGAUAUCUGGCAUUACACAGCAAAGAAUGGUGCAUCCAUCUCACACUCAGUGACAAGACAUCUUCAAACGUAUGCACAACAAGCAUCUCAAUGGAAUGACGAAGAUAAAGCAUGGGCACAGUCAAGAUUACGACCUUUAUUGAUGAUGGCUAAGGUGGCGUUUGAACAUGCGGCUCAAUCAACAUCAGCACAACCUGAUCGUGAUCAAGCUGAUCGACAAUGGAUCAACACAGCCGUGGAGAAAGCAUUGUUUGGAAAUCCAUUUACGGUAGAACAAGAACCUACAAGUUUGGAUCAUCAAGAUCCGGUGAUGAAUGAAACCAUACAAGCCAUUUUGGAUGAUCAAUCAAAGGGUCGCCCCAGUAUAUCUCCCUUUUGGAUGUUGAGUACGGUAUGAUUCCUUUUUUAUUUAUUUAUUUAUUAAAAAGAAAAGUAUUGUUAUAUCCUCCAUUUUAUAUAUUAGAUCUUUUUUCAUCAUUCUACAUU